AUGCACUGCGGACAACACCCAAAAUCCUUGGACAGUACCUUCCAAACUCACGACCACUUCCAUGAAUAUGCACGGAGAGCAAUGGAUUUCCUAUGGGAGAAAAGACAGAGAGGCAGUGAUCUCGUGGGGACAGUGAUCAACAUUCACAAUGGUGACUGGAUCAGGCGGGACAGUGGAGUGGGUGCUGGAAUAGACUCAUACUACGAAUAUUUGUUGAAGGCCUAUAUCCUGCUGGGAGAUGAUGUAUAUUUGGAGAGAUUUAAUACACACUAUGCAGCCAUAAUGAAGUACAUUAGUCAGCCUCCCCUGCUUCUCGAUGUUCAUAUGCAUAACCCUACUAUUAAUGCCAGAAAAUGGAUGGAUUCACUUCUUGCAUUUUUCCCAGGCUUGCAGGUACUAAAAGGGGACUUGCAACCUGCAAUAGAAACUCAUGAAAUGUUGUACCAGGUUAUACAGCGACACAAAUUUCUACCAGAGGCUUUUACCACUGACUUUGCAGUUCAUUGGGCUCAACAUCCUUUAAGACCAGAAUUUAUUGAAAGUACUUAUUUUCUUUACAAGGCCACCAAAGACCCUUAUUAUCUACAUGUUGGCAAAUCUGUUGUGGAUAGUUUGAACCAGCAUGCACGAGUGCCUUGUGGCUUUGCUGCUGUGCAAGAUGUCCGAACUGGCAAUCAUGAGGACAGGAUGGAUUCAUUCUUUCUGGCUGAGAUGUUCAAAUACCUCUAUUUGCUGUUUGCUGAUGACAGUGAACUGCCCUUCAACAUUGAUGAUUAUAUUUUCACCACUGAGGCUCAUUUACUGCCUCUUGCACUAGCCACAGUUUGUCAUACCUGUAGUAAGAAUAUAACGAGUGUGGAAUUGGAAAGUAAAGUAACUGGUGUCUUUUCCCAUACAUGCCCAAGCGCUCAAACAUUGUUUCCUAAUAACCCAUCCUAUGCACGGAAAAUAAGGGAGACCUAUAGAGAUAUCGUUCCAGAUGCAAGUUCACGGAUGUCCGCAGACAGGGAAAAGUGUAUGGAAUCAUCCCAGUCUAAAGUUUUCCCAACACUUCAGACAAAAGAUUUUGUUGCUAGUGGCAUGGAUCAUUUGGAAAUCCUGAAACAAAUGGGAUUCAGUGUAGUCUCAACAAAUGAUGGACGUAUCCAGCUGACACACACACCUGAUCAGGCUGCAAGUCCACAAAGUGGUCAGCAUGGCCUAAAAUUUAUAGCAGAAAUCAUUGAACUGGCUCAGGCUCAAGCAAAAGGAGAGAUGACAUCAUUUGCUGUACAGAUUAUAUCUCCCCCAUUCUUGGGACAAGUGGUUUUAGCUGCAGGUCCAGCUCAUUUUGGAAUGGACCUUAGUAAACAGGAACAUGGGGUUAAAGGAACACUGAUGAAAGCCAUUCCAUACACUGCAUGCUUGGAUGUAACUAACUCAGAGCAGGUCCAUGGUAAAAUUGUCCUAGCACAACGUGGAGAUUGUAUGUUUGCAAAUAAGGCAAGGAAUUUGCAAAGGGCUGGGGCCAUUGGAGCUAUCAUUAUUGAUAAUGUGGAAGGCAGUAGCAGUGACGCCUCCCCUGUAUUCCAGAUGGCUGGUGAUGGAGAUAAUGCCAGUGAUAUCACCAUACCCCUUCUUUUCCUCUUCCACAAAGAAGGCUCAAUCCUGCUGGAUGCUCUGAAUGAAAACCAAAAUGUGGAUGUGUUGUUAAUCGAUAAGGCCAAGCAGCUAGGACAAGAAAGCAGAUAUGAGGAAAAAACUACAGGAGAAAUCACAAUCCAUAUCCAAAUUGACUCUAUGGAUACACAGGUUGCUCAACUAGAACUUGGCAUUAGCUCUCCAAGCUGUCCAGGGCCAGAGUCAACAAAACACUCCAGUCCAGAUAAACUUCAAACCCAAAGUUGUGAAGUUGUUGAACAUCCACCUGAUGCAGAAAGGGAAGAGAGUGAAGGCCACUCAUCUGAAGCAUUGGACCGGAAGGAAGAAGUGGAAACUUUUGAAGGAACUGAUGAGGAUGAGUUAUAAAUACUUCUUUCAAAAGUGAAAUUUCUUCUUGUACAACUCGGUUUAAAUUCAGAGGGAUCGUGCAAUCUUAGAUUUCUCAAAACCAAGCUGCUUAUAUUAAAUCGAGAAUUCCACCGUUUCUUAUCAGUUCUCUGGACAGGUCGUAAGUCAGUGAGCUAUGAAUUUGAAUAGGAAAUUGCAUUGCCUUAAUGGAUGUACAUAGGCUUUUAAUUUAUUUCGAGGGUGGCAAGUUGUCCACUUUUUAGGGAAGUUCCUAAAUUGAAAGGCAGAGCUGUAUAUUAGGAACCUGGAAUUUUGGAUGUUCUGCUGUAACAUUGGGACUACUGUGUUUAAUCAAAUAAUGCUCACUGAAGUGAGUAUUUUGUAGAUUGGUUAUUCUAUCGCAAUGCCAUGAAUUUUAUUCAAAGGAAUCAUCUUUCAUGAUACAAAAGGAACCAGCUAUUUAAAGGAACUUUCUGUUGUUGCUGCUAUCCAUUUUAUGUACACUGGUCAUUUAACAUGAAUAUCAAAAUGGAGAGUGGACCACAUUUUUAAGAAUGAUUUCAGUUCAGGUUUGAGAUGCAAAACUAGUUUAUUUCAGCAAACCAACUUUUGUCAACUGUGCCAGUUGCAUCAAUGAAAACCUUUUUAGAGUCUACCUACAGUCUCUAAUAUAGCAUCAAACUAAACUAUAUUUUCAAAUGAGCAAUAAAUAUUUAAGCUAAUGGUAGAAAUUCAUAAAUAUUGAAAUUGGUGACCAUGUAGUUUGUAUAUAAAUACUGUUUUGAACACAUUGCAAGGCCUUUAUAUUAAAUGUUCGUCCAGCAACUGCAGGGUUAAACUGUUAAAUUAUGGAUUCAUUUAUCAGGGACUUCGAAGAAAAUUUGAUUAUUGAAUGUUAAACUUGUUUCCCCUCCCCCAAUGGAUGCGAAUGAUUGUUUUACUAUGGUAAAGCAAGUACAGUGAUGUUCCAAUACUGAAGUGCAUUAAAAUUGGAUGUUUGGUAUGAUUGAAGAAAUAUUGGAAUAUAAGUGUUGAAUUGGAACCUGAGUACCUAACUUGUUUGGGUUGAUGGAAUGGAUGGAGGUUUUUUUGUGAAUUGUAUAACCAAGCAAACUCUGUGAACAUCAAUGCAAUGUUAAAUGUUGAUUGACACAUUGCAGAAUUUAACACAAAAGGCCAAAAAUGCACAAGCUGUCAAGAAUCUCACUCACAUUUUAACAGGUCAAACCAGUAUUCACCAAGGAAUACCCUACCUCCAAACGGCUUGUACAAAGCCUGAUCUUAAAUAUCUGUCAAUUGCAUACAUAAUUUUGAAAAUGUAUUAGGAGCAGCUUCAAAAAAAAUUUGAUUUUCCAAAUGCCAGAAGUGAGUUCAGGAGAGGUGGAAGACGCAUUUACUUAUAGUAAUCAGUGAACGUUUGCUGAUUGGUCAGCAGUUCUUCAUUGCUCGGCAGUGCCUCUCAGGAUGUGGUGACUGAUGUCAGUGAUGUACUCACUUGAGGCCUAAGUUCAAGGAAGGACCUGAGCCUUUGCUCAGUGAUGACAGGAGGGGUAUUGCAAGUAAGGGGAGGCAACAAGGGCUGGGGGUAGUUCUCAGUGCACUCUCUCUUCCUAUGCCAGCUACUUCCAUCAGACACAGAAUGCCUUUAUAUGAAAAGAGAAGCCCCUCUUCCUGGAAGCUCUCAAGAAACCCCAAUAAGAUUUGCUUUUCGGGCUUCCCAUAUAGCAGUGUCCCCAGCACGCCACUGAGUCGUCACCAGCAGCAGGGUAAGGCCCUUAACUGGGCCAAUAAUGCCUACACUGGGGGCCUCAAUUGGGGUCGCAGGCUGGGAUGGCCAUUCGUACACCUUCCCACCAUUGAUUUAAUAAGGGCAGAGGCCAGAAGGCAGCAGGGUCCACAAUUGCCAACCUUCUGUCUGAUUAAAUGCUGUACACCACCAACCUGCCUCAACAUUCAAUCACACCCGAAGAUUUCUUCUUAUGCAUGCUGUGUAUGACAUUUUCUAAUGCAAUUUUCAUUUAAAAUGUGCAUAUGCAAAAUAUAUUUGACACUCAAACCCAACCUCUGAAUAAUUCAAAUUUGUAAGUGUUAUAUUCAGUAAUUUGCUUAGACCUUUAGAACGACGUUUACAUGCAUUAUUUCUUGUUAGCAGAGGCACCUUUUCCUGUAUUAAUUCCUGUAUGCCUAGUACAGAGGUGUUGGAGUAGAAAGAGAUAAUUUUGAUUACUGUACAUAUUCUACUUCUGUGCAAUUUAUUUUUAUUUUUGUAGUCACAUUCCUUAUUGACUAUUGAGGAAAAGAGAAAACCCUGAAGAUGUUAUCAAUCGUUUUAUUGCAUGCAAUUCCAGACAGAUGUCAUAAAGCAGUUGAAAUUAUAAUUUUUCAUUUUAAUAUCUUUGGUUUAUUUUAGUCAAUCAGUAGUUUGUUGACUCUUGCUUAUGGUUUAUUUUGUUGUCCAUCAGUUUAAAAUGUUCAUUGUUCAUUCAACUAUAUUUGUCUCCGGUACAAAAAUAUAUUCCCUUCGAAUACCCAGUGCCUGUUCUUCUAAUCUAUCAAAAGUAAAGGGAGAUUUUGACACCAUUUAAUUCUUUGAUUAUUGAUACCUGGUGCAGGCCUGUCACUUGUAGCUUACCACUAUAUCACACUUGAACUAAGUUUGAUGGUGUCUAGUAUAUGAAUUUAAAUGGUACAUAUUAAGCAGUACCAUUUGGGGGUUACAAGUUAAUAUGUACGUCAAGAUUAAUUUAGAUGCAAUGCAUAUGCUCUCAUACGUUGCAGAAUAAAAGUUUACUAAGGUAUCUAUCCAUUUUACUUGUACACCUGAAAGUUAAGUAGAAAGAUUUAUGUUGAUAAUCUACUUAGGGUCUCUAAUUUAGGGUCAAAAGUAUUAUUGGCUGGUCCUUAAAAGCAGUAUUAUUUCUGCACUUGAGUAUUUUCAAUUGAAUUGGAUAGGUUUUUGAUACCCUACUUUUUAAACAAUAAAGUUGUCAGAAAAUCACUAAUAACCCUAAAAGUAAAGGGGUUUUAUUGCUGUCCUAUGUAAUUAAGUUAAAAGCAGUAACAAGUGCCAAAAUGAAUUGACUUCUGAAAAUGGUGUUAUUGGUUGCAUUUAUGAUAACUUCUGGUCAAGUUUAAUUGAUUAAUAUAUUUACUCUUAAAGAAAAUAUCUCCUUUCCCUUUUGUAAAGAUCCUUUUAUGACCUCAGCUGCCCCAAAACUGAUUCUAGAUAAUUAAGUACUUUUUUGAAAUAUAGUCGUUGUUGCAAUGUAGGAAACACAAAAGCUACUUCAUGGAUAACUGUGUUCCACAAACAGCAAUGCGAAUUUCUUCUUAAUUCAUCCUCCAGAUGUGGCUGUAAUUGGCCAAGCCACCAUUAUUGCUCAUCCCAAGUUAACCCAAGGAGGAGGAGGUGAGCUCCCAUCACCUCCCCCCGCCCCCCCCUUCCCCUCUCAAAAUGGUGUAGUCUCUCUGUUGCGUGGAGAGUUGCAGGAUUUUGACCAAGUGAAAUAAAGGACCAGAUAAUUAUUUCGUUACUUUUUGAGAAAGAAGCACCGUGUUAUUUAAAUAGUGCUAUCGUUCACGUCCACCUCAAAACAGGCCAGGUCUAUUUUCCAACUCUAAGGUGAGUGCAUUAUCACUAAGCUUUGGAUAACAUCUAAAGCCUGUAAUUAAUUUAAUGAUAUCUUGGCCAGCUUAGCAAAAGCAGUAAACAUGUAGGUGAGCAAGAAAUAAAUAGGAGUUUGGUCUGACUUACUGAUCGGAAAACUUGAUUUAUAUUACAAUGGUUCAGUAUUUCUGUAAAGUAUAUGAACUGCUUUUUGUAUGUUUGAGCAUAAAUUACUUACUAUGAAAAUGUUUGCUCCAGGUGGAGCAUGACUGUAGUAAAUCUGAGACUCGAGUAGUCAAAAAAUGCCAUUGUUGCACAUUUCCCAGUGCAAUUUCAAAGAUAAGUUAUAUCUGAUAUUUAUAACUGAGUCGAACUCACAUUUGGCAUUAACAAUAUAUUUUAAUGUUUUGAGAAUUAUAUUUUAAAUCAGUUUGGUGUAGGAAUGGUGCUGUUUGACAGUAUAAGAAACACUAAGUACCUAUUUUAGCAUCUUUUCCAUUAGCUAAGGGAAUUUGAAUGCAGGGGAAUGUGGAAGGGAUGUUGAGUGCUUUUGUAGUUGAGAUUAACUGUAAAGUCAAAAUGGUUAAUAUUGUUUAGUGUUACAAAACCAUCAUAUUGUAAAUACAGUUAAGUGGAUGAAAUUCUUCACUUCAGACCUUGAAACGCAAAUGCUAUUUCAAGCAUAAAUUAAAGGAAUGCCAUUCUGAAAUCAUUAUAUUCACUUUACAGUGUAGUGAAUAUAUGUAUAAUAGAAAUUGCUUUUGUCUUGCUGAAAGUUUGAAAAUCGUUAAAUAUUGUGCUUUUGAACAGUCUCAUUUUGGUGAUCAAUUCAGCACCCUUUCAUCAGUUACAAUUUAGUUUAAAUGACUAUUUAUGAAACAUUUUUCCAUUUAUUGCAUCCUUUUUGUACACAACCACCUUCAUUUGCUCCUAAAACUAUUUUGACAAGUCAAUUUAUUGCCUUUCCAUCUCCUGUUGCCAUUUUUUUUUUGACUGCCCCUACAUUUCUUCCUGAAAGAUUUUCAAUCUCAAAUUGCGUCUGAGAAUUACAAGAGUUUAAUUCUCUGGAAUGGAUCUGAAGUUUGGUUUCUGGGUAAAUGUUGUUAUUAAUGCAUGAUCAUUAAAAUAAGCAUACUGUUGUUUACAUGCCUUAAUGAACUCAACAAAACUGGAGAUUUUUUUGCAUAUCCAUAAAAAAUUGACAAGAAAAUUGGCCAAUAACAACUUAGCAAUUGAGCAGCUUCAAAAAUUGAGAGAUAACCCAAGUACAGUCAUUAAUUUUUAAAAAUCUGGAUGUGAACACAGUGAUAAAGUGGUUACUGGGUACAACUGCUGAAUGUAGGGUGUGAUUUUCUCCUUGGAAAUGUUGAUAAGGCUAAAUAAUGGGGUGAGUUGGCCCUGAAGAAAAAUUCUCCCCCUUCUCGCCACCACACCAUCUCUUGUCAAUGAGUUCAUCUAGGGACUCUCUUGACUCACCAACAAUUAAGACCCUUAAGUGGUCAAUGAACAACCACUCAAGAUCCUCCACUCACCAACUCCUUAAUCAUUUGCUUGUCUGGCAUAUGAGAAAGGUAGCUAGUUUCCCUGUUAGGGAACCAGGGCAACCUGCCAGGUUGGAGGAGGGAGGUACUAAUAUUGUCCAAUUUUUGGUAAUCCGAGGAUAGAUGGGGAAGUAAGGGAAUGGUAUGUGAAAGCCAAUGCUCUUACCGUUAUCUCCCAGAUUUCCACUUGAUCCACGAGGAAGAAAGGAAACUUUUUGCUGCUAGAUCCCCCAAGUAGUAGGCCUCAACUGGCACGCUUUUUUUUUGGACCAAAAAACCCUUUGACUGGCUAGCAGUUUGUGGUAACCUGUGUUGCCAACAUCCAGGCCUGUGAUAGGAUGAGGAAUUUGCCCUUGCCCAUCUGUCAGCGUAUCACAAGCUGAUUGGUGAGCAAUCAUUUCCUUGUCAGUACAGGUAGUAUGUUAGUUGCCCGCUAAGACAUUUGCCCCCACACAUAGAGGAAAAGAAAAGGAAAUUUUAGUUAGUUAGUUACUACUGCAAUUAGUAACUUGUGGUUGAACUGCAAAAAGAAACAUAUAUUUGUUUUUAUGCAGCUCCCAAAAUUUCAAUGUACAUUUUCAGAGUUGAAUCAUAUUUCAAAGUUCUCGUGAGUCUAUUAAUGUUUUAAUCUAUAUACGGUGCCUCAUGGUAAUUUUAAUAUUGAUUUGAGGUAUGUUGAAAAUCAAAAAGUGAGCACAAAUGAUUAACUUUAUAAAUGCUCUGCCUUUACAGUUUAGAUGUUAAGUGAAAUGUAUAAUACUAAAUAACAUCCAGUCACUGUACAACUCAAGAUAUUUUAAAUUGGAGGAUUAGAAUGUUCAUGUAACAUAGACAACAAUUAUUGAGAAGCACUUGUCAGUAUUAUAUCAGUUUUGACAUGAUCACCGCUUUCUCAGGACAGAAUUGUUUAAUUGCAAAUAAAAGUUUAUAACAUUGUAAAAGAAAAAGUAAUAUUGGCGGUUUACAGUUUUCAAUUGUACCUCAUUUUGGGCCUUUCUACUUUGAUAACUGAGAUGCAAAGUUUAAAAAAAAAAAUGAAGAGGCAUUAUAGCAUAUUGACCAUCAUGGGCUGUAAUUCAAAUCCAAAUGUUUUUGAUGCUUAUGCAAGAUGCAGUGUUUCAGAAUAAUGUGAAUAUGGAUGUUACAUAAUAAAUCUUGAAUUUAAACAAAAAAAAUACAGACAUCUUUUGAACUAUAGGCAAAAUCUAAGAAAUGAAGAAUAUAGGAGUUUUGAAAUUUAUCUUUUACAGCAACCAGGAUGGUGCACACAAAAUCCAGUACUGCCUCAGUACUUUAAUAGUUAAAUGUGUUUUAUAAAUCUCAUGCUCUUUAAAUAUUGUUUUUAGAAUUGUGCUUAAGAUAGUGUUAAGUUGCCUAUUAAUGAUGGACGAAUUUAAUGUAACUACAUUCUAUUUGUAAUUGUGCAGUACAAGCUUGGCUGGCCCAAUACAAAUUUAUCAUGGA